AUUUUAUUUACACUCCACUUGAAUAAGGUUCCCCAACAUGAGCAACGGCAGUUAAAAUGGCCGAGACUCCACAGACACAUUCCAAUAAAAGUUCUCAUCAAAUUUCCUGGAAAGUAAAAGCGGCAAAGUAACGGAAUGAAAUGUUCUUUUGAUAGUAUGUGCACCCUGUGUCCGUCUGUCUCUGGCAGGCAGGUAAGAUCAGCUGGGGGGGGGGGGGUGUGUGUGUGUGCGCGUGCUUGGGCAGCUCAGGUGUGUCAGCAGCCAGGCCUUUCUAGUAUUAAUCAUAUGUAAAAAUUCGAUGUAUGGGCUCACGUACAUCUCCAAACUACUAAAAAAGCAGCUAAUGCAAUAUUUAAGACAUGGACAUAGGACCUGAGUUAAAUUGAAUAAAAGACACAAUAAAUUAUUUUUUUCUGUGACACAAGGCAAAAGGGAGAUAACCUGUUGUGUUAGAAAAACACACAGAUAGUAAACUGUACAUCCGAUGUGUGUGGCCCUUUCAAAAAAGGAUUUAUAUUGAUUCUUUCACUGGACAUUUUUCUCCAAAGCAACUUAAAAUAACAGCAUGUCGCAUGUAGCCCCCACUUUUCACCACUUACACUGCUAGAUACACUCCCUGGAGACCGUCGCUCAUCCACAGCCCAGAGCGACACACUUUUUCACACACAUACGCAAAGGGUAAUUUAGAGUCUCCAAUUCACUUGAAACACAUGUGUUUGUGAGGAAACCAGAGCAUCUGGAGGAAGCCCAUGCAAACGCCACAGAGAAUGAGCAGGCAUCAAAGCCAAGUCCUCUCCUAGCGUCCAGGUCCUGUGAGAGAAGAGCACUACACACUCCGGCCGUGAAGUACUAUUCGGUGUCUGUGAUGCAGCCGGACACGGCAGAGCAAACAAGCCUGUGUGCUCUUCCCACGUCUCUGUGGAGUUCCUCUGGCUGCUCUGGUUUCCUCCCACAGUCCAAAGACCACGCAACGCUAAAUAGCCCAUAGAGUGUGAAUGUAUGCGUAUGGGAAAGACUGGCUUCCUGUUCCUGGCGUACCCCUCCUGGCCCAGUGCCCUGCCCAGUCAUUCCAGGACAGGCUUUGGACAGCUGGUAGAAACAAAGUGGGUGACAUGUGACAUAUGACAUGUGACAUAACAGAGCAGGAACAUCAACCUGUACAGUUACACAAAGCGUACAGGGACACUGCUUCCCAAAGCUCCCGCAAAACAAAUUAAAGUAACAGAAAGGUCACAAGUGUUUUUUUUCCGGUUAUUUUACACUUUCUCAUGAUUUCACUGUUGUGAGUGAAAGUCUUCAGGCGCCACUCGUUCCGCCGGAAAUGAAAUUCUUUCCCAGUGCUGCAGCGCCACCUGGUGUUAAGGGCAUGUAUUUACUCCCACUACUACAGAAUUUACUAUAUUUUCAUGUCAAAAACAUUAACAAUUACUCAGGGUUCACAUAUUUCUGUCACUACACUUUUAUUCACACUGUUCUGCAUAUUCUGUCUUAAUAUAUAAUUAUAACAAAAGCUACAGGCUGUGGCAAAUUGAUUUCCCAUAAUUACACGGCCUAUUAGGGAAUUUGGCGAUAAUGCUGAUUGUUCAACCGACACCAAAUUUUCUUUCCACUGAAGGUUCGCUCAAAUCGCCAGCAUUUCCGCUGCCAUCCUACAGACCGCCGCCAGGUGUCGCCGUUUCCAGCGCCGAGAGCUCCUCCGGUUCACGGCGCUUCUGCGCGCACUUUCGGGGUCAUAUGAGCGCGCGCACUUCCUGCGGACAGUCGGCGCACCUUGUCGGGGACUCGCAGCCAGGCGUCUUUCUUACCUCCGUCCCGUCCGAGUCUCGGUGGCAACAUGCUGGCGCUCAUCAACCGGCUGCUCGACUGGUUCAGGUCGCUCUUCUGGAAGGAGGAGAUGGAGCUCACUCUGGUGGGACUGCAGUACUCCGGGAAGACGACCUUCGUCAACGUCAUAGCUUCUGGCCAGUUCAGUGAAGACAUGAUACCUACAGUCGGCUUCAACAUGCGCAAGGUCACCAAGGGCAACGUCACUAUAAAGAUCUGGGAUAUAGGCGGGCAGCCUCGGUUCAGGAGCAUGUGGGAGCGCUACUGUCGAGGUGUCAACGCUAUCGUUUACAUGGUAGAUGCUGCUGAUCGUGAAAAGAUAGAAGCUUCGAGAAACGAACUACACAAUCUGUUGGAUAAACCUCAGCUGCAAGGAAUUCCAGUGCUAGUGCUUGGCAACAAGAGAGAUCUACCGAAUGCCUUUGAUGAGAAGCAGCUCAUUGAAAAAAUGAAUUUGUCAGCUAUUCAGGACAGAGAGAUCUGCUGCUACUCGAUUUCUUGCAAGGAGAAGGACAACAUAGAUAUCACGCUGCAAUGGCUCAUCCAGCAUUCGAAGUCUAGGAGGAGCUGAGCGUGAAGAUCCAGUUGCCAGUCCCAACAGCCAGUCUUGUCUGCCACAUCAGUCCCAUCCUCCUCCCUGUUGUUCACUCAGUGGUGUAGUCUGCCUCUCUUACAGUGCUCUGCUGUUAUACUCCCAUACAGCCUAAGCCUAAAUCCAGCUGUUGGCCCAUUCCCCGUGAUGCUUGAAAUAUGUUGCUCAGCACCAGCCUGACAGCUUAGAGUCCAGGACUUGUCACAGUGCUGCACGCAGGGAGACAUACAGCUGAGAGCUGUGGUUCAGCGUGCCGCCUCUGUGAGUUACACGUAAACCUUUUUUUUAAAUGAUCUCUUCGGUAUGGCUGUGCCUUCAGCAACAGUUAGAGGACUGGCUCAUGCCUUUGAGAAUGACUGCAGGGUCUGUUGUCCCAGUGACCAACGGAGGGUCUGCUCGACCAGUCUUGUCUGACCCAGAAUGCACUGUGGCGCUUUACAGGUCGUCUUUCAGUCUGUUUCUUCAGUUUACUGAUAUGAAGUUGUAGCUGUAUUACCUGUUUUACCCAAGUGUGAUUCAUGCUGGCUAAACGCUCAUAGUAAUGAAUAAGUUGAAGUACCCCCCCACCCUGCCCAAGGUGUUUUAGAAAAGUUACAAAUAAUAUACUUGCCCUCAUGUGCAGAAAAGAAAUACCAAAAGAUUGAUUUUUUUUUUUUUUAUUGAUGUGAGGUAAUGUUUAUUUGUGAUAGGGUGAAUGUACAGUUAGGUUUAAGGUUACAACUGUAACGCGUGAUGUCAUCUUGGAGCUGUUUGUGUCUUCAUGUGGGCUGCAGAGUUCAAAGUGCCUUCUGCAAAAUGUGACUUCUGAGGAAGAACAGCGUUCCAGGUGUGCCUUGCACUGUGUACGGGUGUGUGUGUUUCAGUGAGUGUGAGACAGUAUAUCUUUUGAACACACAGACAGAAUUCUCAAAAAAUAUGUGUAAGAAGGAAUUACUUUUACAUGUACACCAUUACAUUUCUGUGUGUGUGUCAUUUUAGUGAAAAUUUCUUGAUCUUACAAACUAAAGGCAAGGCUACAAAGGAAGAAGCUCCAGCUCCAUUUGAAAAGAACACGGUAUAUGAUAGAGAGGAACAUGGAUACACACGCAAUAAGGCAUGUAUUUUUACUUAAUUGUACCACUGUAAUUCACAAAACACCUAUGUGGGGCUUGGAUGCUGCUCCUCUGUGAAAACACAUUUUGACAGCUCUUGAUAGCCCUGUUUCAUUGGACACGUGUGUAAAUAUGCUGAAUAAAUGAGUGUUAUGUUUAAUUGUUAAACUCUGUGUUGUAUAAAGCACAAGCAGGAGUGAAUGAAGUGCCGAGUCCUUGCUUUGCGGGUUUCGUUUGGGGUGGGAAUGGGGAUAUUUUGAUAUGGGGAAUAGCCCCUGUACUUAUCAACAUUUUUAUGCAUGAUGGAAAUUUGCACCUCACCGAGAAAAGACUUUUUGGAUUAUAAUGUGCGUGUUUUUUUUUUUUUGUUUUGUUUUGUUGCUUUUUGAAUGGCUGUUUAGUUCCGGUGUCACUCAACUGCCUUUUCUUUGAGCUCAGCGCAAGACAGUGGAUGGUGGACACGUCCAUCUUGUAAUGGUUGAGUGAAGAAAGAGACAUGAUGCUCAUUCAAGAGGUUUCGUGUGGUGACAUGAGACAGAUUGUGUGAGAGAAUUGAGGCAAAUGGUGGCAAUACCGCCGUCUCGUGGAAAACACCUUUAUAUAUGAACGCACUCUUAAUAGGUGGUAAAUGAGUCACGAAAAGUCGUUUCAUGAGUUAUUUCAUUGAGAUUUUAUCACAAGUCAUUAUUCAGUGAACUGCAUUUGCUGUUGAGAUGUGCUACUUCUGUUGAAAUUUUAAUCGAUGAAGAAUCUACGUAUGUUUUUCUCUCUCUCUCUCUCUCUC